GGGCGUUGCGAGGGUGGUGGACGUCAAGGCAGGAUUACCGUGCAGUAUGAUAGACCCUGAGGGCAGUGUGGAGCACAAGGCGGAUUUUUCGCUCGGCAAAGUUGUCUUAAUCCUCUUAGCCAUGCUGACCCUCCUUUGCGCGUUCCUCUUCUUGGCGUUUUCUGCCUCCGAGCAGAAAGAGGAUAAUUUUUAUGCGUUCAAAGUGGUCAACAUCCGGGGCAAGCUAGUCUCCCUGGAGAAAUACAGAGGCUCGGUAUCCUUAGUUGUCAACGUCGCAAGCGAGUGUGGGUACACUGACAGCCACUACAAAGCCUUGCAAAAACUGCAGAGAGAACUUGGCUCACAUCAUUUUAAUGUGUUGGCAUUCCCUUGCAAUCAGUUUGGACAGCAAGAACCAAAUAGUAAUAAAGAAAUUGAGAGCUUUGCCAGAAAAAUGUAUGGAGUCACUUUUCCUAUGUUCAGCAAAAUUGCAGUUAAAGGAACUGGGGCCAAUCCUGCUUUCAAGUAUUUAAUUGAAUCCACUGGUGAAGAGCCAACCUGGAACUUCUGGAAAUACCUUGUAGAUCCCAAAGGGAAGGUGGUAAAGGCUUGGGAUUCUAAUGUCCUCAUUGAAGAAAUCAAACCUUAUGUCACUGAACUUGUGAGGAAUAUCAUCCUGAAGAAAAAAGAUGAAUUGUGACUUAGACACUGUUUUUUUUUGUGUGUGUGUGUGUGUGUCUAAUUAAGAUUUGGACUAUUGUUUAAUUCCUUACAUUCCUAAAAGGAAAUGCAAUUGAGAACAAUUUUUGUCAAGAUGAGUUAGCUCCCAAACCCAAGUAUACUGUAAGUUCUUUUUUUUUCUUAUAUGUAAUUAUUCAGAGUAAACCAAAAGGCAAUUGUGUUCUCUCUUAAGAAACAUGAAACAAAUACCAAGGUUAUAUUUAUUUGAAAUCUCUAGCUGGAAUCUUGUCAGUGCAGUUCUGUAUGUGGAAGUCUGAUGAUAUCAUCAGCUGCAGGCUUUAAACUUUAACUAAAGUUUCCUCCCCCACCC